AUGAAGCUCCUCACCACGAACUUCCUGACCUGCGCCGUCAAGGCCUGCAAAAGCUCCUCUGCCUCGUUCCCGCUGCACUUCAAGGACGCCGUGCUAGAGCGCACCGAGAUCGAGUUUAACCCGCAAUUCAUGAGGAACAUUCUGCCGCGCGUGAACUGGGAAGCAUUGACCGUUACAGCGACCGAGUUGGGAUUGCAGGCGAUGGUCCCUGAAAAGAACCCUUCGGACCUUGACGACGGAGCCACGGACACAAAGGAAGAUGACCACCCUAUGGAUGUCGAAGGAGACAAGCAAGAGAGCGAACAAGGUGGUGUUCAAAAGGAGGACGGGAUUGAUGAGGAAGUCCUGAAGAAGCUACACACUCUCCUCCUCGAAACCGGCGUGUCAGAAGGGAAGCUGGUCUGUGGAAACUGCGGGUUUGAAUAUCCCAUAAAGGAAGGCGUGGGCAAUUUCCUCCUGCCAGCGCAUUUAGUGUGA